AUGGCAGAACAGUUAGAAAAAGAGAUAGAUUUGCUUGAAAAAGUGGAACUUCGAAUUGCACUUGCUGAAACAGAUCAGAAAUUAGAGAAAAUUCUUGAUACGUUCCUAAGCCCCAUUCUAUUAAAGUUGGAAAGUCCACAUGAAGUUAUGAGAACAAAGGUGAUGAGCAUUUUAUCUCAUAUCAAUAAGCGAAUUCGACCUAAAACAAAUAUCAAACUUCCAUUAAUCCCUCUUUUGGACCUUGUUUGUACCGAAAAAGUUACUAAAUCGAUAUUUGUUAAGAAUUUUGGUAUUAUGUAUCUUGAGAUGGCAUAUAAUAGAUUAACGGAAGAGGAACAAAUCGCUAACUUACCAAGUUUGAUUAAAGGCAUUAAUUCAAAGCCUCUUGGUCAAAAGCAGACGUUAGUGCAUAUUAUACUUUUGGUUUUAAAGAAUUAUAAACCAAAGCAUGCAGAAUCACCAGCUGAACUUGAUCCAUUUGAUUUUAAAACACAUCCUGGUGAUGCUAACUUUUUGUUAGAAACAUUCUUAGAUGUUAUCCUAUAUAGGCAAAUAAAGGAGCAACCUGUUAUGGAACAGCAAGAUCCCCGACUUGUUCAAUUACCAUCAGUACCUCCGGGCCUAAGUAUUGAUGCUGUUAAAUUUGUAACUAAUGAUGGAAAGGCACAAUGGGUUUCAAACAAUUCAGAGUUAAUAUUAAUUAAGAUUGGCAUUCUUAAAUUUAUUAACUCUUCCGUAAUAUUACCAGAUUCAUUGCAUGAAAUUAUACAUUUUAAGAAAUUCUUAGUAUUGCUUUCUGCAUCAUGUGAUUCUGCACAUGAAGUUGUGAGAGGCGGAGAAGAUGGUCUUAAAAAGAAUCAAAAACCAGAUUUAGAAAAUAAAAUUGUCGUAGAUGGAUUAUAUUCUUUAUACCAGGGUAGUCAAACCGGAACUGUAAACAAUCUAGAUCAACAAUUACGACGUCUGCCAGCUUCACCAUCUCUCAAGUAUAAAAUCAUGGGCUACCUUUGUAAAUCAAAGCUUGCAACAAACACAUUUCCUGCUUUAAUUCAAGUUUCUUUCGAUAACCUUUAUGGUCCUUCAACAAACGCAAAAUUGCAAAAUCAAGGAAUGGGUUUUAUUCAAUGGGUAGCAAGGAUGGCCGACACAUCGAUAUUGAAACCUGUUGCUCCGGUUUUAUUAACUGGACUUUUAAAAUUAAUUAACGAAUCUGGAGGUUCCGAAGGAGGGAAUCUAAGAACGGGAAAAGAAGAUUUGAGAGGAUUUGCUUAUGUAGCUAUUAGUUUGUUGGCAAGGAGAGUUCCAGAGAUUUUCCGUAAAGAUUUAUCUAUACUUUCGAAUUUCUUUACGGCUAUCACGGUGGAAACCAAAAAUGUUAAAAUAUCUGUUCAAGAAGCUUUAUCUAAUAUGACAGAAGCAUAUCAAAAUGUUGAGACUUGGGCAAAUGAAGAUGCAAUCAGGACUAUUGAAAGCAUCUUGGAAGAGAAUAUCGACAAACCUGAACACCAAGCGCGUUAUUGUGCCGUUAAAUAUGCAAUCUCGCUAUUUCCAUUUUCUCAUAUCCUAUCUCGGUAUAUUUGUCUUCUUGCUUCAGCUGACGAAAAGUUAGAAGUAAGAGAGAUGGCAUCACGUGGCUUAGCUUUUCCUAACUCAAAAAUUCGCAACCUUGAUCAACCGGACAAAGAGAUUAAAAUCCCUCCUUUCUUGGAGUUUGUUAAUUUUAUUAAUAAUAAGUCAUCUCAGAGAGCAAAGCAAUUAAUCAAUAUUUUACAGUCUAGCCAAUCUACUGGAAAAAAGUAUAUUUUUGGAUAUCGUACAGAGGUUUACAUUAACAUCUUGCGAUUCCUUAGACAUUUAAUGAUCGUAAAUGCGGACCCGAACGCGUUUAUUGAUGAAUUUGCUAAUGAGUUCGAUGAUGAACCUAAGUUAUUUGAUUCUGAUACGCGCACCCGAGUUAAACAUUGGAUAAAAGAACAAUGGAAAUCUGAUCAGGAAAUUUCAGAUCAAAUGGAAUUAGAUGAGUAUAAGCAUAGCGAAGCACUUAAUGUAUAUCUUAGAUUAAUCGAGAAGGGUUUAUCGAACGAAGGUCAAAUAGAUCCAUUAUUGCAAUCUACUGCAUCAUCAUGUCUUUUGGAGCUUAUUUCUCUUGGCCCAUCAUCUCUUUCUCGGUCCUAUGAAAGUCGAGAUUUCUUGAAAGUAAUAAAACUUGAAGUUCGUAACUCUAUGGCGCAUAUCCUUGGUAUAGUUAGUACAAGCGAGAUGGAUAGUCCAGAGAGAUGUGCAGCUAUUCAUGAUUUGAUGAAAGAACUCUUAACCAUUUCAAGAGACCAAUCUCGACAGAUAUCUGUUGAAUAUCAUCACGGAAGUAUACUCUCUUUGGGGUAUAUAAUUGGUCGAUUGACUUACCGAUAUCCUAAAACAUAUAAAUCUAUGAUACCAUCAAAUCUUUUAUCAGAAACAAUUGAAUUAAUUGCUAAAGAUUUAGAUUCAUCCACAAGUUUAUGUGUCAUAGGCGCCUCUAAAGCUUUAGGUGAAGCGGGUAGAUAUACUUCACUACUAGAUUCGGUGAACGGUAACAACAAAGGAAAAAGAAAAAUGGAUGAUGCAUCAUCUAUACCAGAUAUUUCCACAAAUAUCCUGAAAAAAUUAAUUAAUAUUGUUAAGACCACCAAAGAUGUUAAGACGUCCAUUAUCACGCUUGGACAUAUUGCACUCGGAGAGCCUAAUUAUGCAGAAAUGAUUUUAUCAUUAUUCUACGACUUGGCGACCAUUAUCAAUAAACAAGUGGAGGUUCAUUUCACUAUUGGUGAAUCGAUCACUUGUAUUGCCGCAGGGUGGGAAAGUAAUUCAAUGGACCAAUAUUUGGACAUUGCCGAUGCUUCACCUUCACUAAAUACAGUCGAUAAUGCAAUAAUGGAAGGAAUCUUGGUCAAGUUAUUUAACGAUUUGUUGCCUUCAAACAAGACAUCUGUGAAGAAAGCUGUUUGCGUUUGGAUGUUAUGUAUAGUAAAAUUCUGUUCUAAACAUGAAGUUGUCAAGGCGGCUUUACCUAGAAUACAUGGAGCAUUUUCGCUUUUAUUAGCAGAUCGCGAUGAAUUUACUCAGGAAGUUGCUUCUAAGGGUAUUGGUUUGGUCUAUGAAUUAGGAGAUCAAAAGAUUAGAGAACAGCUUGUUGAUUCUCUUGUCGGAAUGUUUAGUGAGGGAAAACGUCCGAAAGAAACAAUAGAUCAGGAUACUCAGUUGUUUGAUUCAAACACACUCGGUCAAGCUCCUGACGGAUCAGCUAUUUCAACUUAUCAGUCUAUUCUUUCUUUAGCAUCUGAUAUGAAUCAACCAGAGUUGGUUUAUAAGUUUAUGCAAUUAGCUAGCCAUAAUGCUAUGUGGCAAUCACGUAAAGGAGCAGCAUUUGGAUUUUCAUCUAUCAUUGCUCAGGCAGAAAAGGAAUUGGAACCGUAUUUGAAAGAUCUGAUACCUAGAUUAUAUAGAUUUCAAUAUGAUCCAAAUCCCCGAGUCAAUGAAGCUAUGACAAGUAUUUGGAAAUCUUUGGUGAAAGAUCCAAAAAAUGUUAUUGAUGAGUAUUUUGAUAUAAUUGUUAAAGAUUUACUCAAAGGACUUGGUGACAGGUUAUGGAGGACCAGAGAAUCUAGUUCUAAUGCUUUAACAGACUUGUUACAAGGAAGACAGAUUCAACAACUUGAACCAUAUCUGCAGGAUUUAUGGAAUAUGAGUUUUAGAGCUUUGGAUGAUGUCAAGGAAAGCGUUAGAAUAGCAGCCUUUAAAACUUGUCGUUCAUUAACAAAAGUUACGGUGAAAUAUUGCGAUCCUAGUAAUGUAUCAAUUGAAGAUGGACAAAAAGCAAUGAAUAUUAUAAUGCCUUUCUUAUUAUCGAAAGGAUUGGUAUCAGAUGCUGAGGAUGUUCGCAAAUUUUCGUUGACUACAGUCCUUAAAAUAUGUAAAACUGGCAAAGAAUUAUUAAAACCACAUAUUGCAGAAAUUGUUGACAAGUUAUUGGAAGGUUUAUCUGGCAUGGAAAAUCAGGUCAUGAAUUAUCUUAGUUUUCAUGUUGAUAAAUAUGAUGUCACACAGGAGCAGCUCGAAAACUCGCGUUUGUCGGCUGCUAAAAAUUCUCCAAUGAUGGAAGGAAUCGAAUCAUGUAUCGAUUAUAUCGAUGAAAAAGUCAUAAUAGAUUUAACACCUAUAUUAAUUAACCUUAUACGUAAAGGAGUUGGUUUACCAACUAAGGCUGGUUGCGCGAGAUUUGUAGUAUCGAUGUGUCUUAAAAAAGCCGAAAUAGUAAGACCUCAUGCCAAUACUUAUUUGAAGGCUCUAAGUGGUGCUAUCCUUGAUGUUUCUCCCGCAGUUCGCAAGUCAUAUGCUGUGUCUGUUGGAUAUGUUGCACAUUUGGCCUCUGAUAAUACUUUAAUCAAAUUUAUCGGACAUUUGAAAAAAAUUUAUUGUGAAAAUAGCGAGGAUGAAGUCAGGUCUAUUACAGGAAUUACAAUACAUGAAAUAUCAAAGCAUGCAUCUGAUGAACUGAAAAGAAUUUAUGUGGAAGUUUUACCACUUGCUUAUUAUGGCAAACAUGAUUCUGAUUCGAGCAUCAAAAGUGUGUGGAACGAAAUCUGGGAAGAUAAUGCUUCCGGAUCUACGGGAACAAUUAAAUUAUACUUAAAUGAAAUAAUUAUUCUAUUGUCAACCUUGUUGGAGUCUCCUUCGUGGCCUACCAAAAGACAAGCUGCAUUAACAAUGGCAGAUGUUGCUAAAUCAAUAGAACAAAGCCUGAUACCACAUAUGGAUAAAGUUCUCCCAUUGUUGUUAGAUGGAUUAUCGGGAAGAACUUGGGCUGGAAAAGAAGCUCUUGUCGAUGCAUUGGCAGCAGCUUCUGUUUCUUGUCGAAAAUAUUUUGAAAGUGAUGAAAAUCGUGCUCAGUUGGAUACUUUAUCUAAAGUUCUUAUACGUGAAAGCAAAAAAUCAAAUAGAAAAUACCAACGUAGUUGUAUUGAAAAUCUUGGGAAAUUUGCCGAUGCUUAUAGUGAUACGUUAGAACUUUAUCCCGAAGUCAAAAAUUUUUUGUUUGAAUUGGCAACAGCUGAACUAGAUCCUGACGAAAUGGAAGUAGAUGAUGCAAAUGAACGUCCAUUAUUUUUAUUAGUCAAAGCAAGUGCAGUGAAGUGUCUUGGAUUAGUUUGGUCAAAGAAAAAGGAAAUUCAAAUACAACAUUCUAAAGAACUUGGUACACUACUGGCAAGUUCUUUGAAAUCCGGUAAAAAUGUAUGGAAUGUACGUUUGUGUGUAUUAGAAUCUCUUGAAAAAUUUAUCUACAAGUUGGACCUUAGUGGACCGCAAGUUCAAGUACUUGAUGAUGAAACUUUAAUUAGUAUAUUUGAAGGAUUGAAAGAAGGAUUAUUGGAUACAAAAUACGUGGCAAUUCGUACUGCAAGUUUAGCCAGUUUGAAGAAAGUUAUUGAUAAAGUUAAAGACACAUCAUUAAUAUCUUCUUCGGUUAAAACAAAACUGUUGGAAAUUAUUGAUGUGGCAGAAAAAGAUCCUUUAGCUAGUAUUUCUGAACCUGCUAAAGAAUUACGCAAAUCUAUUCUUUUAAUUAAAUAA